AUGGAGAACGCCGUAGACUUCUUGACGCAGAACUGGGAGUAUGGGGCGGAGGUGUGCCUUGCCGCGUUCGCUCUUUUCCACUCUGCAAGGGAGAUCAAACAAGCAUGCGACGCCCUCAGGUUGGCUUGCGCGGGAAGCGGUGCUUUGACAUUCAAGCAGAAAGCGAAGAUUCUGGUGAGGAAGAUCGAAAAGGACAGCGGCAAGCAGAUGUUCUGGGCGGAGUCUUUGGUCAUGACCUACAUGAUGGCCUUUGGAGGCGGCAUCCUCGCCCCGUUCCUGCUCGGCAAGCCCCCCGUCAUGUUCGUCAACGACCUGAUAGUCCCGCUGGUGGCCGUCUGCUGGUUCGUGUCCAACAGGGCGGAAGGUCCCAUAUUCGCGUUGAUCAACACCCCCAUCAUGAAGCAGGUCAUCCUCGUGCUCUCGGAGGUCUUCCGCGCGAACUCCAUGUGCGGGAUCGUCGUCCUGUCCAACUCCAUCCUCAAGCCUGGCAAGCACUACCCCAUCGCCCUGUGGGGCCCGAUACUUCUCGGAACGGUGGGCGGGUGCGGCGGACUCUUCCUGCCCCUCGACAAGGGCCUCAAGGGGUUGAAGAACGGCGCUCCAUGGCCGCUUCAGUCCGCCUUCUACGGCUCCAUGUUCUUCAACCUCUUCGUCUACGACCCCAACGUCGGACCGUACCUGCGCGACGCCGCCGCCCUCUUCCUGGACGGAGACCUGGUCGUGCAGGGCAGGGCGAUCGUCGCGGGGUUCCUGUGCGUGGUCGCGCUCGCUCAGACCCUCAUCAGCCCGGCCUUCAACCCCUUCACCCCCGUGCACAACGUGGUGUACACAGUGACCGGGGUGCCCAACCCGGAGGCGGUCGCGGUCGCCACCGGCGAAAAGCCCAAGGCGGACUAA